UGGUGUUUUUUUUUUAAGACUGCGUGUGAAUUUUGCUGCUUCUCAGUUGUUGCCAAAACUUAUCUGGUUGCAGAAAUGUUGUGGAAGAUGAUUUGACGCUUAGGCCUAGUUACGGUCUUGGCCUGGGCACGGCUGGCCGUGAAGAUGUCUGAUGUAGAAGUUAAUACUGAGUCUUUGGAAACCAGUGAUGGUGGAACGAAUAUCCCAUGUUCAAAAAGACAGAAAACUGAGAGCACUGCUACACAAAGUAAAUAUGAUUGCAAUGAACUGCCUGACAAAGAAAAAACUAAUGAUGCUGAACAGCAAAAUGGAACUGAAUUCCCCAACCUACACAGCAAUCACAGCUCUCUGAGAGAGAGCAUGGGGAAUGAAACGUCACCAGUUUCAAAAUUUGAAGAGGACAAUGGGCAGCAUAAUGAGAAGAAUGGUAUUACUGUACCUGAAAACAAUGCUGAACUUGAAAACGAAUUAAUUCUAUUUUAUAAAGAAUUGGAAAAAAUUGAAAAUGAGACUGAUUUGCUUGUUAAUGAAUGUGUGGACGGUUCACAAGGUUCAGCAGGACACAUAGGAAACGUUACAACAAAUAAACAUGAAAAAAACAAGAUUGGUAAGAAGUGCAAAAAGAUUACAAAUGAUAAAGCUCAAACUGUAGGUGACCCAUGUACUGGCAAAUCACAAAUUCCCACCACUGAACACUCAUGUGAUGCACAUUGGCAUACUGUCAUGACCCCCUCAAGGCCUCACUGGAACCACCCGCAAGCUUUCAUAGGACCGCAAGGACCGCUUCUGCCAAGGUUUAAUAUCCCGCUCACUUAUCAAAGGUACAGUGGCUCAUCACAGGGGUCAGUGCCUUUUCGCCAGGACGAACUGUUUUUAAGUAAUGGUUAUGGCAAUGACUCCAACAGAACACCAAUCCAAGCAGAAAACAAGAGUUGUGAUAUUCAGGCAUGCCCCACCAACGACUACACAAUGCAACCUGAGCAUAAAUAUUUUUAUAACUCUGGCGCACAUCAAAAUAUGGAGGGCCGGCCCAAUAUGCUGAGGCCUGGGCUAACUAACUUGUGUCAGCAGUAUCAGAAAACAGAACAGCAUUCAAGACCAGGUAUUGGAGGUAAAGAGCUCGUAUUUAUGCGUGGUCCACCAGGCUCUGGAAAAUCUACCCUUUCGCGGUUGCUAUUAGCUCAAAAUCCUAAUGGUGUGGUGUUAAGCACAGAUGAUUAUUUCUGUCAGAAUGGAGUUUACUGGUUUGACCCCAAUUUCCUUGGAGAAGCUCAUGAGUGGAAUCAGAACAGAGCUAAACAUUCUAUGAAUGAAGGCAGAUCACCUAUAAUUAUAGAUAAUACAAAUAUCCAGGCUUGGGAAAUGAAACCAUAUGCUCAAAUGGCUGUGGAACGACGUUACAGAGUGAGUUUUCGGGAGCCAGAAACCUGGUGGAAAUUUAAUGUUAUCGAGUUGGAAAACAUUGAAUACUGCAUAAUACAGGCGAUCAAAAUGAGGAGGAAUAAGCAUAGAGUUCCACGUGAAAAGAUCAUUCAAAUGAUGGAGCGUUUUGAGUAUCCCAUUUCUUCAGAUAUAGUGUUAAAUGCGGUGGAGCCUUCACGCAAUAAUAAAGUUUUGCUCGAUCUACAUCCACGUUACAACCAGAGGUGGGAAGGACCUGUUGAUUCUAGUUCUUCUAUCAGUGUUAUGUAUUAUAGAUAGCACGAGUGAUGCUUCAUGAACUGUUGUCAUUUCAAUCUGUACAAUUUAAUGCAAAAUUGUAUCACUGUUUCAUCCCAUAAUGGAUUUGUGAAAAAUCAAAUUUUUAUAGCUGAUAAUGACAGCCCUUUUUAACUUUAGAAUAUGCAGAUUAUACUGAAAGAUAGAAAACUGCUUUUGGAAGAUUUUUAUAUUUUUAAAGUUUUACAUUUAUUUUCAGUGGGUUAGUACCAUGCCAAAGGAAACAUUAUACAUUUAGAUAAUACAGUAAUUUUCAUUCGGUAACCUUUUUAGUUAAAGUAUGAAAUGUUUAUAGUUUUAUACAUGGACUUAUGUGACAAAAUAUGAACAGAAAGUUGGAAUGUAAAAGUGAAUUGUAAUGCAGAGCCUGGUAAUAAGACCAGCUUCUUGAUUUCCCACCAGUUUCUCAUUCCAAUAAUGUUUUUUUUUAAAAAGUCAAGAAGUAUUGACUGACUUGUUAGAAUUGUACAAGAACAAAUGCUAUGCUGAAGGAUCUGAUAGUAGCUUUUAUUGAAGAAAGCAUGUUUAUUUAAUUGGCUUACUGCUGUCCAGAAGUUAAGCUCAACCCUUGCUUUCCAGACGAGAAUAUUCAUGUUUGUGGGUUUUUGCAUGUAUAUCGAGAGGAGAAACCAAAUUUCUUUUUAUAGUUGAAUAUCCAGAUAUCCCAGAUUUACGUGAAACAGUGUGAAAUUCAUUGUAGUAAAUUGUAAUGUCUUCAAGGUAAAGAAAUUCAGAGUUUGGUUAUUAGUUGUGAUUUUGAACGCUUUUUGAUUUGAAUGGUCAAUUUGCAGGUUUAUUUAUAUUUUGGUGUCUUUGAGCAUCAAGUGAUCCUGUAGUAACAGCAUUUGAAGUACCCUGUUAUACCAGUACAGUUUGGCACAUUGCAUCAGAGGCCAUUUCCUAGCUUGACAAACUGUUAAAUUGCUUAAUCAUAACUAGUGUAAUUGAGAAAUUGACCUGUCUGCUGUUCCUUUCCACAAGUAGUUCCUGCCAGCUAAUUAAGGUAAAGAAUUUCUCAAGAUUGAUCUAAAACUUUGGAGUGUUGGUAAUAAAUUAAGUUCUGUGGGCUUUCCCAAAAGAUGUAUAUAGAAAGAUUAUGCUAAGGUUUUAUAUUAACUAAUUUCAGUGAAUUUUUUAACCUAACAUUGGUAGAACCUAUAGUUUCUCAUAAAAUUUGAAGGUAUUGCAAUUAAACAUAAAACUAACAUUUCUGAAAUACUGUGAACUAUAGCUGAAGUAUUUUAAUGGUGUCCAUGGUGCACAUAAUCAAAAUUACUUUAAUCACGGAUGGAUAGUUUAGUUUCCCUAAACAAAUGUGUUCAAAGCUGUCAGCCAUGACUCGCUGGUAGCACUCUCAGCUCUGAGCCAGAAGAUUGGAUUCAAGCAACAGAGACUUGAAUACAUAAUCUAGGCUGAUGCUUUGGGAGUUCUGGGCUGCUGGACUGUCUUUCAGCUGAGACAUUAAAGUGAGACCCCACCUUUAAGUGGAUGGAAAAGAUCCAAUGGCACUAGUCGUAAAGAACAGCAGAAGAAUUUGCCUGGUAUCCUGCCCAAUAUUUAUUCUUUAACCAACAUUACUUCAGAAAAAAAAACAAAAAUACCUGGAAAAACUCAGCAGGGUCUGACAGCAUCUGCGGAGAGGGAUACAGUUAACGUUUUGAGUCCAAAUGACUCUUCAUCAGAACUUUAGAAAAACCUGUUUAUCUGAUCAGUAUGUUACUGUUUAUGACUCAAAUUAGCUAGCACUUUACAGCAGUGACCACACUGUUAUAAGUGUUAAAGUCAUGAAAGGUGCUAAAUAAGCUUGCUUUUUUUUUUCUUUUAAAGUCAUUUUUAAAAAUUCAUUUGACCCUGCAUUUCUUACGUGCCAGCAAAAAAAAAAUAAAGCAAUAUCUAAUCCCAAUGAUAGAAACCAACCCAGCUAGCACUCACCUGGUACUUUAGUACUAAAUCCUAUUCAAGCAGUUACUAUUGAAAUAGCAAAAAUAUCCUGAACUGUUUUGAAGGCCAGUAUUUGAGAGCACUAUCUCUGCAGCUGACCCAUUUAAAAGAAUGAAGAUGUGCACAAUUAUACGUGAUCAUUUUUGGAGUCCGUGAAACCUACAAAACAAUUUUAAUCAAUCAAAAAUAGAUUUGGUAAUCGUUUUAAUCAAGUUGGGAUUGGAUUUUUUAAUAUAUAUUUUACAGUUAAGCGAUUCCUUCUGGUAAAAUGCUAAUUAAGUUCCACAGGAGCUCAGUCACUGACAAAUAUCAAGCUUCCACAGAUGUUGGUAAAUUUACGUUUCUUUUAAAUGGCCUCCUAGUUCAGUGGACAUCCCCACAGUAAGUAUGGUAUAGUCAUACAUUUACUUAUUAACAUUUGUCAUUACCAUAUGAUUAGUACUAAUGUAUUUUCCAAGGCUUCAAGUUUAGACAUAGUUGUCAUGGAGAAUUUUUGCAUAUUGUCAUUCAUUUGUUUGUGUAUAUUGGGAUGUGGUAAAUUUACUGAAAUAACUUUGUACAGGAAUUUGAUGUAAAAGUUUUGAAUUAUAUCUUUAAUGAAUUGUCUAUUAAAAUGUCUCAAGUUAGGCGUAAAAUUCAAUAUUGUGCUGUUGUCAUUAACUACAGUUUGUAUUUUUUUAAAUUAUGGGCAACUUGUUAAAUAAUUGUUCAGCUCAAUGUUUGGAGAGUAUACAUUUUGUAUCAAUCCAAUUAAAAUUGUGUUGUGUUUGUAAAUUUAUGCUGGAGGAAACAAUUAAACUGCAGGGUUAAAAGUU